AUGUCGGACAUACUGGCGCAGUUCGAAUGGAAUGAGGAAGAGUAUGCCAAAAACUUGUUAAAAAGAUUUAGCUUGGACUCAACCAAAGAAGCUCGUACACCUUUGUCUACCACAACCAAACUAUCUAAGGACAACGCCUCAAAAUCAGUGGAUGCUAAAAAUUAUAGAAUCAUGAUAGGCAGUCUACUCUAUUUGACUGCAAGUAGACCGAAUAUCAUGUACAGUGUUGGUCUUUAUACAUGGUUCCAAGCAUAUCCAAGAGAAUCUCAUCUCCAUGCAGUUAAGAGAAUAAUCAAAUAUAUCAAGGGAACUGUUGAUCAUGGAAUUCGGUACGACAAAGAAACAGGUUCUGAACUAAUAGGAUAUAGUGAUGCCGAAAUGGGCGGGAAAUGUUAA